AUGUCAGAAACGGCUGGCUGGCUGGCUGGCUGGCUGGCUGGCUGGCUGGCUGGCUGGCUGGCUGGCUGGCUGGCUGGCUGGCUGGCUGGCUGGCUGGCUGGCUGGCUGGCUGGCUGGCUGGCUGGCUGGCUGGCUGGCUGGCUGGCUGGCUGGCUGGCUGGCUGGCUGGCUGGCUGGCUGGCUGGCUGGCUGGCUGGCUGGCUGGCUGGCUGGCUGGCUGGCUGGCUGGCUGGCUGGCUGGCUGGCUGGCUGGCUGGCUGGCUGGCUGGCUGGCUGGCUGGCUGGCUGGCUGGCUGGAGUAUUGGACCGGCCGCCAAAUCCUCUAGCUGA